GCCACAGCCCAGGUUGGGGGAUCUGGGUGCAGGAGGGAGACCUGGGGCAGGCCGGCCUGAAGCGGGUCGGAGUCCGCGUGCCAGCCAGGGACAGCAAACCAGGGAAUCGAGGCUGGGGUCCGGCCUCUGGCAAUGCCGCAGGGGGCGGGCUCUCACGCCGUACGGGGCGGAGCCCUGGGGAUCGGGGUGGGACGCGGAACAGCAGUGGGAGGGACAACGGAGCCAGUGCGAGUUGAGGGCGGAACCCAGUGGUCCAUAGCUGGAUUAGGAGGUGUGGGGGGCGGAGUUUGGGGUUUAGAGGAGGAGCUGAAGCAGGUGGAAGGUGGAGCCUUGGGCUCGGAGACCGAGGGCGUGAGAUCCCAGACGUCGGGGGUGGGACUUCAGCCUGUGAGUGGCGAGUCCCCUCUGCAGGAGACGAGGUCUAACAUUGCUGAGGGCGGAGCUGCAGGUCAGGGGGCGGAACUGCACGCCGUAAAGGGUGGGGCCAAGGAGCCUUGCGGAGAGCUAAGCGCGAGCUAUGGCCCGGGGCGUCCACGCGGGGGCGGUCUCCGUGGUGGCCGCGCCUGGGGUCGCGGUAGACCGAGAACUCCCCCUGGAGAGGUUGUGUGGGUGGAGCGGGCUCGGCGCCCCGCUGACUCUGAGCCAGUCUGGGUUCCCCGGAGGCCCCCAAGAGCUCAGAGUUGGGGCGGUGCCCCUGGUGGAGGAGGCACGGGGCCGGACUGGGGGGUGCCCCCGGAGAGCCGGGGCUCCUCAGAGCCACCUAGUGGAGAUGUGUGGGUGCCUCGGAGCCGAACACCAGCAGCAGCCGCAGAUGUGUGGGUGUGCUGGACAGGGAGCAGCUGGGUGUGGCGGGAGUGGGGUCGUCCUGUCGGGACAAAUCCGGUGCAAUCAGAUCGGGUUUGGACUUUGCGUAAAGGGGCUAGCGGGAACUGAAGAACGGAGAUGGGGACUGGGAGGGAGAGAAGGUCAGGUAGUGAGCAAAGGGAGGGGGCACUGGCUGCUGUGGCCUCCCCUGACCCUCUCCCCUCGCUGCUGGGGUCCUCG